CCUUUCGGAUUUCUACUCUCUGACCAAACGUUUCUGAAGCUCUCCCUUUGCGGAAUAUCUUCAUCCUCUUCAUCUUCAUCAUGACUCUCGAGGAAGUUCUGAUCCAGAAAACCGCCGAGCGCGCCCAGUGCACCGGCCAAGCCCUGGAGGAGGUCCUGGUCUCCGCUAAAGACAACGACUCCCUCACCGUCGGUGUCUACGAGUGCGCAAAAGUUAUGAAUCUUGACCCGGACAGCGUGUCUUUCUGCGUCCUGGCCAUGGACGAGGAGUUCCAGUGCGACAUCGCCCUGCAGAUCCACUUCACCCUCAUCCAGUCCUUCUGCUUCGACAACGACAUCAGCAUCGUCCGAGUGAGCGACGUGCAGCGUCUGGCCGAGAUCGUCGGCGACAAGGCGGAGCCGCUCGAAGACGCCCACUGCGUCCUCAUCACGAACCCAGCUGACGGGUCUUGGGAGGACCCUGCUCUGGAGAAGCUGCACCUGUUCUGCGAGGAGAGCCGGCGUCUGAACGACUGGGUUCCUGAGAUCAGCCUCCCCGAGCGUUGAUCGGCCCCCCCCCCUCGGCUGAUCUUUGUUUUUUGCUCAGAUGCUGUAAAGCUUCUCAUCUGGAAAUACUCAUCCUGAUGAACAGGACGAGUCUGUUUCUACCCAUCCCUGGACACUCCUGAGGAGGAUUCCCCCCCGUCCAGGCAGCACGGCGCCGGCCCCAGGGGGGCCACCCGUGAACCCGUCGCCUCUCGUCCCUUCCAUGCCAAGAUGGCUCUCAUUCUUUAUGUGAACGAGAGUCAGGUAUGCCACGAGAGCGACGCAUCGACCCUCAUUCUUUGUGCGGAUGAGGUUUGGAGAGGAAGGAGAUGCGAGUUGUGCGUCCUGAGGGCGGGGGUCCCCCCCCCCCUCCAGUAGAGCAAACGUCGCACCCCGAAGCACGCGCAGCAGGAGAAGAAGCGGUGCUGAGACAGAGGCGUUCUUAAAAAAAGAGACUUUUUUUAAAGACGUCCUCUUAUCGCUGAGCAACACGACAACAGUUGCAAUCAGCGGAAAUGUUUCCCACUUUCCAGAAUUGUCUUAAUUCUCUAAAGGUUUCACUUUAGAAAUUUAACAAUGACAAAUAAUAUUCGAAAACGUAGCAAAAAAAAAAAACAUCGCAAAAAAGUUUAUUCUCUAAAGGUUUCACUUUAGAAAAUGUAACAAUUACAAAUAUUAUUCUAAAACUUUAAAAAAACAACAUUGGAUAACAAAAAGUUUAUUCUCUAAAGGUUUCACUUUAGAGAAUGGCUAAAUGAAACUAAUGUUAAAAAUGAUGAGAAUUUGUUAAGAUUGUCUUAUGAACAUUUACUUAUGUACUGAAGACAGCCAUGUAAAGCAAAUGAAAAAAAGAUUUAACUCUGGAUGUUCCAAAUACUGUUGGAGCAAUGUUUGAAACAAAGUAAGUUAUAUAUAUUUCUAGCAGUUUGAAAUUGUAAGUGGAAAAUGCUAAAUAAAAAAAUAAUAAUAACA